AUGCUCGGCGUGCUCUCCCUUCUCCUAGCAGGACUUGCAGGAGGUGCGUUAUCCCAGCCAACGGAGGCAAAGACAGACACAACCUACCACAAGAACGCUGGUGUCCUCAAAUUUGUCAAUCCCCUCAUCGGCACUUACGGAACAACACCAAAUGGCAACGGCGGCAUGAUUCCAUCCGUCAGCCCUCCCUUCGGCAUGACCCGCUGGACACCACAGACCCGCGAGAACUUCAUCUCGCAAGUACCUUACGGCGACAGCGACCGUCUUAUCCAUGGGUUCCAAGCCACACACCAACCGGCUAUUUGGAUGGGCGAGUCGGGUCAGAUUGUAUUGACACCGGGAAUUGGUGAAGUGCAGCCGCUGUUUCAGAACCGGGGAUUGCAGUUCCAGAAGAAGGAUGAGAGAAGUACGCCAUAUGUCUAUGAGGUACUUGUUGAUGCUGCUCAGCUCUUGGACCGUGACUGGAAUGCGACAGCCGAGGCUGUGGGUGAUGGCCCUGUUCCCGGUGGUGCGGGUUCUGUGCCAGAUGAUGUGAAAGAUGGUGCCAAUGGGCGGAUGCGGAAAAGGGAGAUUGAGUCUGUGCUGCGUAGUAGAGAGGGUGAUGAGUAUGACCGGUCGAUACAGGUUGCCAUGUCCGCAGAUUCUCACGUGGGCCAUCUUCGAUUUGACUUCCAACAUAGCCCUACCAAUGUGGAUGGCGAAGACCAGCCUUGGGUAUUUAUUCAAGCUUCACGUCGGAACUGGACAGGCGAAGUUCAUAUCGAUGUGAACAGUCAGGAGGUCUACGGGUAUAACACCGAGCGUCAGGAUUACCUCCUCGGACCGGACAAAGCAUCGUCGUUCAAGGGAUACUUUGUCUCUCGAUUUUCUGAGCCCUUCGCUGAGAUCGGUGUGGCGAAUGGGGGGUCGAUUAUAAAGGAUGAAGUUCAGAGACAAGGGAACUUCACUGGAGGAUAUGUGAAAUUUGCCAAGUCGACAUCGCGCGUCGAAGUACGCACUGGUGUUUCGUAUAUCAGCAUCGCACAGGCAAGGAAGAACCUGGAAAUUCAGACUCCGGAUGAGCACACUUUCGAGGAUACCGUUGAAAAAGUGAAGUCAGCCUGGCUUGAGAAGUUAGGAAGGGUAUCCAUCAAGGGCAUCAACAAGACACAUCCGAAUAAUGAUCCUCGCACUAUCUGGUAUACCGGCUUGUUCCAUGCACUCCAGUAUCCAAACGACUUUUCUGAGCCAACAUCGAGUCGGGAUGGCGCUCCGCGCGCUUUCUACUCGGGGUACACCGAUAGUGUUCACACUGAGAACGACUCAUACUACCAAUCCUGGUCAAUUUGGGACACAUACAGAGCAGAGCACUCUCUCCUGACUUUGUUUGCACCGGAACGUGUCAAUAGCAUGAUGCGUUCAUUACUACGCAUCUUUGACUGGUCCGGUUGGCUUCCAAUGUGGGCCAAUUUGGUUGAGACGAAUAUCAUGAUCGCGACGAAUGCAGACGUGGUCUUUGCAAACGCUCUCGAGCGAGGAUUUAGGGACUUUGAUAUUGGCAAGGCUUGGAAAGCCGUUAAAAAGGAUGCAUAUACUCCGCCUGAUCACGAUACUGAUACUCUGUAUUAUGAUCGCGAACCCGGCACGUCAUAUGAAUCCCGAGCUGGACUCACAUCAUACAUGAAGCAAGGCUGGGUGUCCAAUGACGGCUGGUCUGAGGCUGGUAGCCGCACAUUGGACUACGCAUUCAAUGAUUACGCCUGUUCGGUUGUUGCUGCCCAUUCGGGAGAGGACGACGCCACCGUGCAAGCCCUCAAGAAGCGAAGCGGGAACUACGGGUCUCUUUGGAACAACCAGACUCAAUUUAUGCAAGCGCGCAACGCGAACGGGACUUGGGCUAAUAACACUUUUGGAUGGACCGAAGGCGAUGACUGGGUCUACACCUUUGAUGUGAUGCAUGAUGUGAAAGGGCUGGCGGGGCUUUUUGGUGGCCGUCAAACCUUCCGGGAUAAGUUGGAUGCGCAUUUCCAGGGUGGUCACAACGACCAUACCAACGAGCCAAGUCACCAUGUACCUUAUCUGUAUUCUGCGCUCGGUUAUCCCAACCAAGCGGCUGAGUCCAUCCGAGACAUUGCCUGGGCUAACUACAAUGCGACCAGUGGGGGACUGGGCGGCAAUGAAGACCUGGGACAGAUGAGUUCUUGGUACGUGUUUUCCGGACUGGGAUUCUAUCCAGUCAACCCUGCCAGUGAUGAGUAUAUUGUCGGUACACCGUUCUUUGAGGAGGUGUCUAUCCGCCUUCCUAGUGGAGCGAGCACAGGUGGACAAGUUACCAAUGGUAGGGAGAGGAGGCUUGAAGUUAGCGCCCCAGGGGCACCCACGAAGCCAUAUAUUAAGAGCCUGAAGGUUGAUGGAAAGAGUAUACACGGGCCAGUUUUGAAGCACGGCCAGAUUGUGAAUGCGACACGAAUCGAGUUUGAGAUGAGUUCUACGCCCACUUCCUGGGGAAAUCGCCCCUUAUGGGAAACUUGA